GGUGACGGGUGAUUGGCAGUUUGUGAGAUUGUUCUCGAAUGCGGUGCGGUUUGUCAGUGAUUUUCCCAGUUUACACUUAAUUUUUCAGCAAAUUCCAGUGAAAAUAUGUCCACAAUCGCAAGUCCAUUAACCGUGGCAGGGACCCGGACGUCCGGUCAGCCGAUUCGCACCCAGAAUGUGAUGGCCGCUUGCUCUAUUGCAAACAUCGUGAAGAGCUCCCUGGGUCCUGUGGGCCUGGAUAAGAUGCUUGUUGACGAUAUUGGCGAUGUGACCGUGACAAAUGACGGAGCAACAAUCCUGAAACUCCUUGAAGUCGAGCAUCCGGCGGCCAAAGUCCUGGUGGAAUUGGCUCAGCUGCAGGACGAGGAGGUUGGCGAUGGCACCACAUCUGUGGUCAUUAUCGCCGCUGAACUGCUGAAGAAUGCCGACGAGCUGGUAAAGCAGAAGAUUCAUCCCACUUCCAUCAUUUCCGGCUAUCGCUUGGCAUGCAAGGAGGCGUGCAAGUACAUUUCCGAGCAUCUCACGGAGCCCGUGGAUAAUCUGGGCAGGGAAUGUAUUGUGAAUGUGGCGAAGACGUCCAUGAGCUCGAAGAUUAUCGGGCCGGACGCGGACUUCUUCUCCUCGAUGGUCGUCGAUGCUGCGCAGGCAGUGAAGAUCACGGAUCCGAAGGGAAAUCCAGCGUAUCCAAUCAAGGCCGUGAAUGUGCUGAAGGCGCAUGGAAAGUCUGCUCGGGAGAGUGUCCUGAUUCCGGGUUAUGCUCUCAAUUGCACCGUGGCAUCUCAGCAGAUGCCGAAGAAGGUCUUGAAUGCGAAGAUCGCGUGUCUGGACUUCUCGCUGCAGAAGACAAAGAUGAAGUUGGGUGUGCAGGUGCUGGUGAAUGAUCCGGAGAAUCUGGAGAAGAUCCGUUCGCGUGAGUUGGACAUCACGCGUGAGAAGAUCCAGAAGAUUCUCGCCACUGGCGUGAACGUGGUGCUGUGCUCAGGGGGAAUCGAUGAUCUCUGUCUCAAGUAUUUCGUGGAGGCCAAGGCGAUGGCGGUGCGGCGGGUGAAGAAGGCUGACUUGAAGAGGAUCGCCAAGGCGACUGGGGCUGCCUAUCUCACGUCCCUCACCAAUAUGGAGGGCGAGGAGAGCUUCGAGCCUUCAAUGGUGGGCGAGGCCAAUGAGGUGAGCCAGGAGUUCAUCAGUGACGACGAGUUGAUCCUGAUCAAGGGCCCCAAAGCACGCACUGCAUCGUCCAUCAUCUUGCGCGGUCCGAAUGACUUCUAUCUGGACGAGAUGGAGCGAUCGAUUCACGAUGCGCUGUGCGUGGUGAAGCGAGUGCUGGAGGGAAAGAAGGUUGUGGCCGGAGGAGGAUGCGUGGAAGCGGCUUUAUCCAUCUAUUUGGAGAACUUCGCCACAUCCUUGAGUUCUCGAGAACAGUUGGCAAUAGCGGAGUUUGCCAAGUCUCUGUUGAUCAUCCCGAAGACACUGGCUGUCAAUGCAGCGAAGGACGCCACAGAUUUGGUGGCGAAGCUGCGUGCCUAUCACAAUUCCAGUCAGACGAAGCUCGAUCAUGCCCACUUGAAGUGGUACGGAUUGGAUUUGCUGGAGGGCGUUGUGCGAGAUAACAAGAAGGCCGGCGUUCUCGAGCCCGCAAUGUCCAAGAUCAAGUCUCUGAAGUUCGCCACGGAGGCUGCGCUGACGAUUCUCAGGAUCGACGACAUGAUCAAGCUGAAUCCGGAGGAGAAGGGAGGCAGAGGCUAUGCUGACGCCUGUGCUGCUGGUGAACUGUAAAGAGUCACAAUCAAUCCACAUUUGCAGAUUUUCCCUCUUCACCAACGUCUCACUAGACAUAAUGCAAGCUUCUUUCACACAUGUAUUUUCAAUUGACUCUAAAUAAUAAUAGUUUCUAACAAAU